AUGUCACCAAGCACGAGCGGCACAAAGACGUUGCCCGAUAACCACCUUCCAAGGCCUAAGCGUUACAUCACCACCCACAAUCAAGAUGCAGCUGCAACGUUUCCCGAACUCGAGCCCGAGCUGCCCCGGGAAGAGGUUGGAGGUGCAAAGGGCGGCGUAGCCGAAGAUCGCUUCUCUCUCGCGUACGCCACGAAUCAAGUCCCGGUGCAGUUAAGCUCGGACAAAGAUGUCGAGCUGUAUCAACAAUUCCUCGAGAAGAAGCCAGGAAUCACGACUCGUGGUGGUACUGUUCUGCGAUAUGUAGAUCUUGCCCCAGGAGACACAUCUCCCAUGCACCGAACAGUAAGUCUGGAUUAUGGUGUAGUCUUAGAGGGACAAGUUGAGGCAAUCAUGGACUCCGGCGAGACCAGGCUCCUCAAUAGAGGUGAUAUUGUGGUGCAAAGAGCGACGAUGCAUGCUUGGAGAAAUGUCAGCAAGACCGAGUGGGCGCGGAUGCUGUAUGACUAUGGCUCAAUACAAGGCGUGCGGGCUUCAACUUGA